GGAUCACUAAAAAUAUUAAAAUCUGUAAAUUAAACAGCAAAACUAAAAAUUCUGAUUAAAUUUUGAAUGAGUGAGAUACAUUAGGAAAAAGUGAAAAUAUAAAUUGCGACAAUUUGUUGAAACAUAUGUUUAAAAUCUAAAAUCUCUAAAUUUACUUUGAGAUUUAAUAAAGAGAUAACAUAGAUUAAUCUGAAAAAUCCAUAGUUAAACAGUUUUAAACAUUCUUGGAAAAAUUAAAGUGUAAAAGUGUAAAUUUUUGAAAUAAAAGCAAUCGCAAUGUUUUUACAAUAUAAUCAAAACUAAGUUGAUAGCCAAUCGAAAAGGAGGUUUUUGGCAGUGAAAUUUGAAAGGAAAAUCUUUAUUAAACAACUAAGAAAUGGAGGACGAGCUAAGGUGUCCCACUUGCAAGCAAUUGUAUGCGAAUCCUGUGCUAUUGCCCUGUUUCCAUGCUCUCUGCCUUGGCUGUGCCUUGGAUAUACAGCAGCCGUAUACACCGGGUGUAGGAGCUGGUGCGCCGGCCAUAGCAUCUGCUGGUGGAGUAGCUGGACCACCUAACACACAUUCCGCCAAUGGCCAUCACAACGGUGGAGUAGCCGGCCACGGAUCAUCUGCUGGCAAUCCGGCAAAUGCCCGACACAGUUCUCACAGUUCUGCUGCCAGCACGGCCAGUUCGAAUACCGGAAGCGAUAGCUGCACCUCAGAUCAGGAUCAAUCGGAUAAAGUUAGCAUUUUCAGUGAGGCCGAUUCCGGAGUAGUCUGCUGCUCAAACAAUUCUCGUCCAGUGUCAUAUGCCGGCUCAUCGGCCACCGCUCCAGUUGUUGCGCCUCCGGGUGCAGCCUUUUGUCUAACUUGUCCACUUUGCCGCAAAUUAAUAUUUUUCGAUGAUGGAGGCGUAAGAAAUUUACCCACUUAUCGCGCCAUGGAGGCAAUCGUGGAUCGCUUUUGUGCCCGGGAGGCUUUGCGUUGUCAAAUGUGUGAAACAGAUCCACCGAAGGUGGCCUCGCUCAUCUGCGAGCAGUGUGAGAUACGUUAUUGUGAUCCGUGUCGGGAGUUAUGCCAUCCGGCUCGAGGUCCUUUGGCCAAGCACAAUCUGGUCAAGCCACGUGGCGCUGCCCAGCAAAGGGAAUCCGUAUGCGGGGAACAUGAGGAGACUCUAUCACAGUAUUGUUUGAAUUGUAAGAUCCCAGCAUGUAGUUCAUGCAUUGGAGAGCAACGACAUCAUCAGCAUGAAGUCCAGUCCAUCAAUGUAACUUGCAAGGCACAAAAGACGGAACUUUCACACAAUCUGCAACAAUUGUCGGAGAAGGCACGUUCCACAACCGAAUUCAUACAGCGCCUCAAAGGCAUGAGUGACAAAGUAACGGAAUCCUGCAUCGAAUUCGAGCGUCUGGUGCAUGCCCAAUGCGAGGCUUUGAUCCAGGCCAUACACGAUCGUCGCGAAUAUUUGCUAGAAGCCAUUCGAAUGGAUAAGGACACCAAAAUCAGAAUACUUAAGGAUCAACAAUCAAAUUGUACGGGCAAAUUACAACAGACUACAGGUCUAAUACAAUUCUGUAUUGAAGCUCUGAAAGAGACUGAUAGCGCAGCCUUUCUACAGGUCGGCUCUAUGCUUAUCAAUCGGGUCACCAACACAGAUAUGACCUGGCAUCAGGAGGUCACCAAUGCUGCUCCACGUGUCUCUCCCAUUGUUGACUUGACUUUGGAUGAUGCCGCCCUGGUUCGAGCCAUAGAUAAUUUGAAUUUCAUUCAAAUGAAAGCUGUCAAAGAUGGAGAUGAAAGAUGUCCGGCAGCUCCCCUGACACCCACCAUAAUACCAUCCGACUGCUCGGCGGAAAAUAAUUCAGUUACUGUGGCGUGGCAGCCACCGAAUCAUUCAUUCAUCGAGGGCUAUGUACUCGAAUUAGAUGAUGGCAACGGCGGCGAAUUUCGGGAAGUCUAUUGCGGCAAGGAAACAAUUUGCACUGUGGAUGGCCUCCACUUCAAUUCCAUGUACAAUGCCCGAGUGAAGGCAUUCAAUAGCGCCGGUGAGGGUGAAUAUUCCGAAUUGAUUGGACUCCAGACGGCCGAAGUGGCCUGGUUCACAUUUGAUCCGGUUUUGAGUGGCGGCGCCGGUUCUGGAUUAAAUUUUAGUAAAAAUAAUGCCACUGUCAGUGUCGAGGGCUGGGAGCAUCGUGUGGCUCUUGGAUCGGUUGGAUUCUCCCGUGGCAUUCACUAUUGGGAGUUCACCAUUGAUAACUAUACAGCCGAUACGGAUCCGGCAUUUGGUGUGGCUCGCAUCGAUGUGGCCAGAAAUAAAAUGUUGGGCAAAGAUGAGAAAUCAUUUGCCAUGUACAUCGAUCGUCAGCGAUCAUGGUUCCAGCACAAUUCCGUCCAUGAGCGACGUGUUGAGGGAGGCAUUACCACAGGCAGCACAAUUGGAGUACUUCUGGAUCUGGAGAGACAUACUCUGAGUUUUCUGGUCAAUGAAAUGCCACAAGGUUCGGUGGCAUUCCGGGAUCUCUAUGGUGUGUUCUAUCCAGCUGUGAGCAUCAAUCGAGGCGUUACUUUGACCAUGCACACGGCUUUGGAUGCACCCAAAAUGGAUUAUUUCUAAGAUGUGCAGUGUGGAAAGGUUUAAGCAAAAAGAUAAUAGCAAAUUCUGUGUAUAUAUUACAUUAGCAAGUUAUUGGUGUCUAUAUAUAAAUACAUACAUAUAUAUAUAUAUCUAAACUUACAUAUAUGCUUCUAUAAUCGUCUCUGUAGUUUGUUCGAGCAAAGUUUAGCACAACAUAUCUCCACCCCAAUCUAAUCUAAAACUACAGUAAUUUAAUCAAAACAAAUCGUAUCUUUAUAUACAUAUAUAUAUCUUGCUAAAAUUUUAGUAGUUUCUAAAACGUUGCAGCAAAUUAUUUCAAAUAAUUGCACAAGA